AUGUCUUCCCUCAACACCGAGGAUACCCCCCAAGAACCCUCGCUCUCGUCCUCAAGCUCCAAGAAGAAAAAGAAGAAAAGAAAGUGGCCUCAGCAAGAGGCCACCAUCCAAGCCCUCACCAGGGCUGGCCACAGGGCCCUAUUGGCUGGCCGGAACCAUGAGGCCUUGACCAGCUUCCAGAGGGCCUUCCUCCUGGCUUCCAAGUCACCAAAAACCAGAGACACCCCUGUUCUCCAGGCCUGUGCCUUCAACCUUGGGGCUGCCUACGUGGAGACUGGGGACCCAGCCAGAGGCCUUGAGCUGCUCCUAUGUGCUCACCCUCAAGAGACGGCCCAAGGCGGGUAUCAUGGCGACCAGUGUUUCAAUGUGGCUUUGGCCUACCAUGUCCUGGGUGACCUGCCUCAAGCUUUGGCCUGGUACCAAAAGGCCCUGUGCCACUACCAGCCACUAGGUGACCAGGGACAAGCCCAGGCAAAAAUGGGAGCCUGCUACCGAGCUCUGGGACAGCCUGGGCUAGCAGCCCACUGCCUGCAAGAAGCAAGCCGGGCCUAUGCCCAAGCAGGGCAGCCCCAGGCUGCAGCCCUGACACUGGGGGCUGCGGCGGGGUGUAUGCUGAAGAGCGGGCAACAUGGGGUGGGUGAAGUCAUGCAGGUGCUGGAGGAAAGUCGGAGGCUUGCUGAGAGAAGCACUGAGCGGGGACUCCUGGGGCAACUCUAUAACGAUCUAGGCCUGGGCUACUCCCAGCUCCAGCUGUUCCCGCUAGCAGUAGAGGCCUUCCUGCAAGCCCUGCCCCUGUGCCGGGAGCCAGGAGAGGAGGCCACAGUGCUAAGGAACCUUGGGAUGGCCCACAAUGCCCUCGGCAACUAUCAGGAAGCCCGGGAGUUCCACCAGAAGGCUGCUGACCUGCACGGCUCUGUGGGGCAGCGGAGGGAGCAGGGCUGGAGCUUUGGCAGCCUGGCAUUUGCAGUGAGCCAGCUGGGAGACCACAAGGCCGCCAGAGACAACUACCUACAUGCCCUGCAGGCUGCCCGGGACACUGGGGACGUGAAGGGGCAAUGGCAGGCCUGUGAGGGUCUGGGGGCUGCUGCAGCCAGACUGGGACAGCAUGACCAGGCUCUGGAGUACUAUAAGGAAGCGCUGGCCCGGUGUCCGAAGGAGUCAGAUCCUGUGCGAGAGCGGCUGGUGGCCAAGCUGACAGAUGCCGUAAGGACCCACUUGGCCCGGGGUGGGCUGCUUCCGACUCACACCCUGACCUCAGCUCCAGGGAGAUCCCUGGCUCCAAGUGGAGCCAGCCUGGUGCAAGGGACCCCAGCCAGGGCAGGCAGGGGCACACCAGGAGUGCAGCACAGAUCUUCCGGUGGGUGGGAAGAUGAGUUAGAGGAAGGCCACGAGGGGAAAGAGGAAGAGUCAGCGAAUGUUCCCACGACAUCUCGGGCACCAAGCCUGGAGGUGUGUUUUCUUCCAGGCACACUGAUUAAUCAUUCCCAUCUAGUCAGUCCAAGUUUGCCAAGCACCUGCCCUAUACAGGGGGACCUUCUGCUUCCAGGCCCAAGACCCAAGGCCCAUCUCUCAUUUGGAGGCCAAGGCCCCCUCAGAAUGGAGAACCCUGGCCUUCUGGUGCCCAAUGGGCCCCGUGGCAAUAGCAGUCUGCACAACCUUCACCCAGCUCUGGAGGUCCAGAGUGUCCCCCGCCUCCUGCGUGGCCUGAGUGUAGACCUCGGCGAAAGGGAGAAUCCUGCUGAAUGGGGGAACACACGGCUUCAGCGUACUCCCCACUGCCCUGGAGCCCACCAGCAGAGGUCAUUCAAACAGCCCAGGGAACACCCUGGCAGGAACCCUCAGAGGAGAUCCAUGGAGUCUGGCUUCUGCAUAAUCAUGUGACCAUCCCCUGCUAGCCUCAGCAUGGCCUCUGCAGUACCCUCCCAACAUGCACACUUCAGGGACUUCUGGGGCUGGACCCCUUCCCCGUCGUUUCCGGUGAGCACUGCAUGGGCAUGGAAUGCAAUGUCUGCAAGUGGGCCCCCGAGCAGGCUGGACAAGGGCUUGGCAGUCUCAGCACCAAGGCGUUCUGGGUGCUUCUCAUUGGGAUUUUUGGAUUCAAUAGGAAAAAGAAUAAAGGAAAACGGAUGGUACAUUUCUCCCCUUUCUUUCUGGCAUCAAAUCUCACAAUCUGGCCUUGCGAGUUCUUAAAAGCAUGACAUCUUGUUUAAGACACUUUAGGGUCACUGACUCCAUUUUCUCAUAUGGGAAAUGGGUAUCUCAUGCUACAGAAGAUACACCUUAAGGGAGCUAUUGAUACACUCCUCUUCCUCCACAAAAAAAAAGCAGAUGCUGGAUGCAGGGCCCCUCGGGCCUAUAGCAGCAGUACUGCUGCUAGCUGCUGCAGCAACAGGAUUUUGCACCAUUGCUCACUUGGCACAUGCCACACCCUGUUGUGCUUCACAAGUGUCUUCUCCUUUAAUCCUCACAGCAGAUGAAUCCCCUUUCACACAUGAGGAAAAGUAGGCACAAAUGUUAAGUGGUUUACCUGCCAGGUCACACAGCUAGUAAGUGAAGCUGAGGUUCAUACCUAGGCAGUGAGUACCUUUUAGGAUGCUGUGCAGUUCAACUCCCCCAGUUAAGCCAUUGCUUACCAACAGUUGUUUGUGUUUGAUACCAAAUGUGUUUAUUCCAAUUGUAUGUGUUUUUGUUGUUUGUAAUUAAACUGAUGAA